AUGGACUGGAGGAAGCCGCGGCUGCUGCUGGCCGGACUCUGGGUUGCUGCCCUGCUGCUGCCGGGCGAGUGCCACCCGCCCCCCAGCCUGCCCGCCCGGGCGCCGGCCCCGCUGGAGGACGCGGAGCAGGAGCAGGGCUACUACCUGCAGCAGCUCUUCGGGCUGUAUGGGGAGAACGGCACCUUGUCCUUCCACGGCCUCACCCGCCUGCUGCAAAGCCUGGGCCUAGGCCACGUGCAGGUGGUGGAGAUGGAGCACGAGGCACUGGGCCAUGGGCACGUCACCCACCUGGACAUCCUGGAGGUGCAGGACAACAAGCACCGGCACUCGCACUCGGCCCUGGAGCACGCCAGGGUGGAGCCGCCCAGCCUGGGCCCAGGGCUGCAGAGAGAGAACGGCACCUCCAGGCCAGGAUCCCCUGGAAGGAACCAGCCAGAGACCGUCCAGCUGCACCAGGCUGACCCAGUGCCCAGGCCGCGAGCUGCCUCCGGGGGCACCCGCCCACCCUUGGACACAGAAGAGUCCAACGCCACAGGACACCCUGGGAGCAGAAGAGACCCUGUCCAGGACCCCCCCGGACUCCCCCGCCUGACCCUGCUGGAGAGGGUGCUGGCCCUGGACCACUCCUUCGUGGACCAUCUGCACGAGGAUUGUCUCAACGUGACGCAGCUGCUGGUGAACUUUGGGCUGAACACCGGCUCCCAGAUCACACCCGAGCAGUUCACACUGCUGUGCCCGGCCCUGCUCUACCAGAUCGACAGCCGGGUCUGCAUCCGGCACCAUGACCAGCUGACACCGGAGCCCCAGGGGGGAGCGCUGUGGCCAGUUCUAGGCUGGGGCUUCCUGGCCAUCACGCUCAUCAGCCUGCCCUCGGCGCUGGCCCUCCUGCUGGUGCCCUUCCUCGGCCGGGACUUUGGCCACCUCCUGCUGGCCUUCCUGGUGGCGCUGGCCGUGGGGACGCUGUGCGGGGACGCCCUGCUUCACCUGUGGCCGCACGCCCAAGGGAGGCGCCAGGAGACCCCGCGGGAGCAGCAGGACUUGGUGCUGAAGGGGCUGUCGGUCCUGGGGGGCAUUUACCUCUUGUUCCUCAUCGAACACCUCCUGGGCACGCUGAGGCACAGACGGCGCAAGGCGAGCUGCGCCGCGGGACGGAGGCCCGGGAGCCCCUCUCUGGAUGCAGACGGAAGCCGCGGCUUGACCCUGCAGGCGUCGGCUCCUUCCCCAGGCACAGAAGCCGAAUCACAGAGUCUGACGGCCCUGGGGCCCCACAGCGACAGCCCCGGCCGGGGAGAGGAGGGGACGAGGCAACCAGUGCCGAGCGUGGACGGACAGACGGAGGAGCUGAGCCACCACGGACACUCGCAUGGCCCGGCAGCCGGCAGCGCUGACAUCGCCUGGAUGGUCAUCCUGGGGGACGGGAUACACAACCUAACGGACGGGCUGGCCAUCGGGGCUGCGUUUUCCAAUGGUGUCUCCAGCGGCUUGAGCACCACAGUAGCCGUCUUCUGCCAUGAACUGCCCCACGAGCUCGGUGACCUGGCCAUGUUGCUGCAGGCUGGUCUGCCAGUCAAGAGGGUCCUUCUCUCCAACCUCACAUCGGCCUUCCUGGCAUAUCUGGGCAUGGCGGUGGGCACGGUGGUCAGCCAGGGCGCCUCGCCAAUCACCCCCUGGAUCUUCUCCAUCACAGCGGGCAUCUUUCUCUACGUGGCACUGGUGGACAUGCUGCCCGAGAUGCUGCGGCGAAGCUCCGGCGGGAGCAGGAAGGGGCCUGUGACAUAUUUCGCCCUCCAGAACCUGGGCUUUCUCCUGGGAGUGGCCAUCAUGCUGUGUAUCGCCCUCUUCGAAGGGCAGAUGAGCUUCCGUGUGGAUCUCUAACAUGGGGGCAGCCACACGGUUCGCCGAACUCGGACGGGACGGGGCCGAGGUUACGGGCACCCCCUGCCUCCUUCGCAGAGAACUAGGACCCCUGGACUCUCUUCCUGCUGACGGCGGGUGUGGGACACCCAGGGCAGUCCCCCACUUUUUGCUCCACAUCCCCCGGGGGCAAGCAUGGGUCGUGACCUGG